AUGAAAUGGAGAAUUUUCACGAUAUAUUGUACUGGCAAGUGAAUGCAGCCGGAGACGUUAUGUCUACAACGCAACAAAUUGAUCAGACAAAUAUCAUUUGUGGAUUAAAAGCUGCAGUGACUGCGUUGGAAUGUCAUCACGAUGCGCAAAGACUGAAAGAACAGAAAAAAAAGAUCAAAUGUAAGGCAAAGCCGGCUUAUAUAUACACACAUAUAAUAGUGCCUGACAAAAGUUGUGCUGAAAAGAAGAAAUUACGAAGUAAGCCAUCAGAUACGUGUACUACUGCCUUAAAGGACGCCCCUCGUCAUUUAACGGAAAUUCAAAGUAAAGAUAAAAAACGGAUUGAUAAAUGUGAGAAAACGUCUCGUCGCUUGAUCUUCCCAGAAAUGCGAGCAGGCAUUUUACAUACUAGAUGUUACUGCUUACACAGAAACGGCCUCCAAGAUGAUUGUCCAUUGUCGCAAUGUCAAGGGCGAUUAGAAUGUUUAAUUAAGCCAUGGCCCAUUUGCCCGCCGGCAAAAUUCAUAAGACAACGUUAUCCAGAGUUAUUUCCAAAAACAUCUAAUAUAAAUUGUGUUAUAUGACACUUGUGUUAUACCAAGUGUCUAAUAAAAAAAAAAAAAGAAAAAAUGAAAAAGUAUAAAUCUAUGACUUCUCAAACAUAUCUUCUGUAAUUAUUUUCAUGAAUAAAGAUGGUCUUUUUGCAAUU